UAAAUAAUCACUUCAAAUGAGUAAGAUGGACUUCCAUGCCAAAUUGGCUGGGAACAUAUUCAAGAUUGAUAAUGAUGACACAGAGAAAGCUCCAGCAAUGGAAAGAGGUUUCAACCCUUAUGUGACCAAUGAGGGUACUGUAGCUGCUGUCGCUGGCAAGGACUUCUGCAAGGUUGUAGGAGAUACAAGAUGCUCCUUGGGGUAUACCAUUCUUUCAAGAGAUCUCUCUAAGAUCACUAAAUUGACCGACAAGGUAGUAGUAGCUACUGCUGGAAUGAGAGCUGAUGCAAUUGCUCUUCAUAAAGUUCUUCUUACUAGAAUUAAGACUUAUAAGGCUAAAUUCCAUAAGUACCCAGAUAUUGAUGUGAUAGCAAGGAUGCUUGGCAACACCCUGUAUGGAAGGAGAUUCUUCCCUUACUAUACCUUCAAUCUCCUCUGUGGUAUUAACUCUGAGGGAGAGGGUGCUAUCUACGGGUACGAUGCUGUCGGCUCUUACGAUAGAGUCAACUGUGGAGCUAUGGGUAGCGGAUCAGAGCUCAUCGUUCCUAUUUUGGAUAAUCAGAUUAAGGACCACAAUGUCUUGGAGCCAGAAGCUCCUAGUGACACCGAAAUAGUCGAGAAUGUUCUAAGAGACUCCAUGCAUGCAGCUGCUGAGAGAGAUAUCUACACAGGAGAUGGUCUUGAGAUGUUCACAAUUGACAAAGACGGCAUUAGAUUUGAGAAAGAACCUCUGAGGAGAGAUUAAAUAUUUUUACAGAAAAAUUCAAC